UACUGUGGCCAGUUCUCUUACUUUAGGGAUGAGCCCUCUGGCUGAAGAUCAGAGGGUGACAUGCGCACUGCACGGAGCGCUCAAGCCCCGGACACAAUUCUGGAAAAUAAAGCGCGCAUGUUGCUUCUUGAUAUCUUGCCGUCUCUGAAAAAGCUUUAAUGACUUAUCCCAACAGAAAAGUGUCAUCCUCUUUAUUCGGUAUUGGUGGAGGAGGUGGAUAUGCUUUGAGCUCAGUGGGGACCUGUUGAUAGCCCACCGGCGAAGCAAUGGAGGUGCCAAAAAGAGAAGAAUGACAUUUAACUGAGUCAGAACCACACAUUUCAUCUGAACAACUUGUCUACAAUGGAAAUCAUGGAUACUCAUUGUGCCUUGGAAGCUGUGGAGAGACUUCAAGCCAAACUUAAGGAGAGAGGAGAAGCCCCCACGCAGGAGAAGCUCUCCCUGCUCAAGACGGUCCUGCAGAGCCCCCUGUUCCAUCAUAUACUCAGCUUACAGCAAGCUCAGCGGAAGCCCCCGGCAAAGGGGAAGAUUUCCAAAUCUGUUUCCAUGAACUGUGGCCCCUGCCAUGGCAUGGCACUGGACCUGAAGGCACUGAGCCACAGUGACUCCUACACAUGGGCCAUAGAGAACCGAGGCACUGCCAGGUCCAUCUAUAGCGACAACAGCCUCACUUCUCUGGGCUCCCCGGAUCUGUCCUUCUCAGACGUCUACUCAAACAACUGCAUUCACACUGAAUCCCCAUACUGCACUCCCCCUCGAAUCUCCCGCACCAUGUCGAUGGGUAGAAACCUGUCUGCUAUCGCCCAUGAGAGGCGUCACGUGGAGAUGAUAGAGCUAAUCAAUGAUGGGAAAGGACUGGGUUUUGGAAUCAUUGGCGGGCGGAGCACCGGAGUCAUGGUCAAGACCAUCCUUCCUGGAGGAGCUGCCGGACGGGAUAAGCGCCUGCGUAGCGGAGAUCAAAUCCUGCGCAUCGGGGAUACAGAUCUGGCAGGCAUGAACAGUGAGCAGGUGGCACAGGUUCUGCGAAAUGCUGGCACCAAGGUGAAACUGCUCAUUGCCAGAGAUAUUACAAAGGACAAUCACCUCUCCUCUCCUGUCCUCAGCCAGGACAGCCUGGACGGCAAGCUCAAUGACUUGAAGGAUGACUAUGAUUUCAGUGUGCAGUUCACUAAGAACAAUCAGGGCCUGGGAUUCACCAUUUCUAGCUACAUAGGUGACCUAAACUCAGUCUACAGCGCUGGUGUGAUAGUGAAGACCAUAGUGAAGGGUAGCACUGUCGAUCAAGACGGACGCAUCAACAUCGGAGACAUCAUUCUGUCUGUGGACGGGGUGAGUCUGCAGGGCUGCAGUGAGCAGCGGGCCAUGGAGGUGCUGAGAAGGACAGGCCCCCUGGUCAGACUGAGGUUGCUACGGAAGGUGGUCCGUCUGAGUCACAUCCUGCCCCCAGUUCCCCCCCUGCAUCCCCUCCGACACUCCCACAGCUUCCAUGAGGGCAACCCCUACAGGAUGGGCCUCAACAAGAUUCAAGAGACAGGAAUCUGCUCACUGCGGGAAAUCUCCCGGCGAGCAGCAUACGCCAACGGACGACCCCGUCACGAUUCCAGAAACGGUGUUAAACUGACGCCAGCUGAGGAGGAAGACCUGAGGAAGAGGUGGCAGUAUGCAGUCGGACGGAGAUACGAAGUUAUUGUGUGUCAGCUGGAGCGUUUCGGUGAGACGAGUGGGCUUGGCAUCAGUCUGGAGGCUCGGGCGGGACAUCACUACCUCUGCUCCGUUUUACCCGAGGGGCCUGUUGGUCAAAGCGGCAGGAUCUUCACCGGAGACCAGAUAUUGGAGGUGAAUGGGAUCCCUCUAAUUGGAGAGACGCAUAAGGAGGUGGUAAAUAUUCUGAAGGAGCUGCCGAUGGAUGUUUGCCUGGUGUGCUCUCACAUUGUACCGCCUGCAAUCCCCGACAGUGAUGAGGAGGAUGAGAAUGAUGCACAUCUCACCUUGAAAGAGCUACUAGCUGAAUUCAAUGACAAGUUGGACCAGGGCUGUGUCAUUCCCUGUCCUACAGCUGAGGACAUCACCAAGCGUGGCGUGCCCCCAAUGUCCCCUCCCCUGGCCAUGUGGGAGAGAGACGCUCAGGUGGUCGAACUGGAGAAAGGGGAGUUAGGACUUGGCUUCAGUAUCCUGGACUACCAGGAUCCAGAAGAUGCCACUAAAACUGUUCUGGUAAUCCGGUCUCUGGUGCCUGGGGGUGUAGCAGAUCGAGAUGGUCACCUGCUGCCUGGUGAUCGACUCAUGUUUGUUAAUGAAAGUGACUUGGAAGGCUCAAGCCUGGAUUAUGCUGUGCACGUCCUUAAAUCCACCGGCUAUGGCCCUGUCUGCAUUGGAGUUGCCAAACCACUGCCGCUGGAACUGUGUGGCGGCCUAACGCCCAUCUCAGAGAGGAGCUUGCGGACUUCUUAUGAUGACACUGACAGCCAAAGUCAGAUCAACCUGCUAGCUGAGGCAGCGGAGGCUAACAGCAACACUUGGAACUUUGAGGACAACAGGAUCAUCGGGCCGUAUUACUCUACAACGGAAAACCGGCUGCGGCAUCGUUUCAACAUCAUGGAAGACUACGACAGGCAGCAAGCACCACCUCUGCCCCCCCGCACCAGCUUUGAGAGGACAAUCACUGUUGUCCGGGGCAACCGUAGCCUUGGGAUGUCGGUGAGUGCUAUCAAGGACGGCUCAGGCAUGCUGGUGCGCGGCAUGGUCCAGGGGGGCUCUGUUAGCCAGGAUGGCAGGCUGGGGGUGGGGGAUGCCAUCUUGGCCAUCAACAGAGAACCUACCUCCAAUCUGACCAACGCCAGGGCCAGAGCCACACUCCGCAGACACUCUGUCAUAGGGCCAGAGAUAAGCAUAACCUAUGUCCCAGCCCAUCAGGUGGAUGAGUACCGCGUCCGUCUGAAUUUACCUCCUCUGGCAUCCAUCGCAGCAGACAGCGCCUCCUCCUCACCGACCCCGCCAACCCUUUCUCCAGAACCCGGCUCGACCCCAGCGAGAUCACCAGGUCCAGUCAGAGCUGCAGCCUCCACUCCAGCUUCAUACAGCCUAAAACCCUCUGCCACGGCCAAUUUUAAAGCUGCAGCUCCAGAUCCAGCAGUAGUCAGAGGCUCUGCUUCAUCCAAAGCUCUAAUCAAAGGUCCAGCCGCGGUCCCUACCAUAACCCCGGCCCCAGACUCAAGUUGGCUGAUUCCAAAACCUUACAUGAACAAGAAGGAGGGAAACAAAGAAGGACAGAUUGUGAAGGAGAAAAUGGACAGACGUAGUGCAGAUGGGAAAAUAUCACAGCUGGAGGUAGAGACAAAGGUGGACGGUAAAGAAGACGGAGAAGAGGAGCUUCAUUUUCAUACCACAGUUUCUUGGGAUCAGCCUAGAAGUGUGCGGUUGACUCGAACACCAGGCCAGUCCUUGGGUAUCAGCAUAAUGGGAGGCAGAGGCAUGGGCCGGAGACUGAGCAGUGGAGAGAUGAUGAGGGGAGUCUUCAUCAAGCACAUCAGCCCCGACAGCCCGGCAGCACUUAAUGGCACCCUCCAGACUGGAGACAGGAUACUAGAGGUGUGUGGUGUGGACCUACGAGAUGCCAGCCAUGAGCAGGCAGUGGAGGCCAUCCGCCGGGCCGGAGACUCUGUGGUCUUCCUGCUCCAGUCUGGAAAGCACAGAUCUCAGUCCCCUAUGCUUGCCAACCACGAGAGACUGACUCCACAGUGUUACUCACACAGCAGUAAGGAAGCAGAGAGUCUGAGUCUGUUCCUUAGUGUCUCCCCUACAAACCCCUUCACUCCCACCCCCUUUAAGGUACCUUCGACAACAUCCAAUAAAACGGAUCGGAGGAGCCCCACUACUGUCCCAACACCAAUCACAGUGGCAGCUGGAGAAGAGGGCGAUCCUGGCAGGAAAAAAAUGCUUCAGCGUUACGGCAGCCUGUCAGGAAAGCUCCAUAUGAUUGAGCUGGAGAAGGAUCCUGCGGCUCGCGGCCUGGGAAUCAGCCUCUCUGGAAACCAGGAUGGUUCCAGGGCCCGCAUGAGUGUCCAUGUGGCGGAAAUCGACCCUCAAGGACCUGCUGGUUUAGAUAGGAGGAUAUGUAUCGGAGACGAGCUGCUCGAGAUCAACGGUCAGAUCUUGUACGGCCGAAGUCAACAGAACGCCUCCACCAUCAUCAAUAACGCUCCAUCGAAAGUCAAGAUCAUUCUCAUCAGAAAUAAAUCAGCCCAGGGUCCAGUGGCACAGGGAUCGACAACAGAGUGCGAGGAUACAGUGGACUCCCAGGCAGACUCUACAGAGUGUGGAGGAUUACCGAGAGACAUCCAGCACAUCAUCUUACCUCAGGACUACGUAGGUCUUGGUCUUUGCCUGGCAGAGGGGGAGGCCAGGGACGGGGCGGUGGUCAGGUCCCUGGUCCAGGACGGCACUGUCAGUAAGGAUGGCAGGAUAAAGGUUGGAGACAGAAUCAUUGCAGUGGGUGAUGAACCUGUGGCAGGACUGUCAGUGGACAAGACCUCUCCUACCGGACGUUCUGAUUGGCCAAUAUCAGCUCCCACAACUUCUGACCCCAUGAGCUGCCCUGUAAUGUCUGGCACGGAGACCACCAUAGAGUUUUGUAAAGGAAAUGUAGGCCUUGGUCUCAGCAUCGUAGGAGGAUGCGACACUCUGCUGGGGGCAGUAAUACUCCAUGAAGUAAAUUAUGGAGGAGCCGCACAGAGAGAUGGAAGGCUGCAGGCCGGAGACCAGAUACUAGAGGUAAAUGGUAUAGACCUGCGACAGGCCACUCACGAUGAGGCCAUUGGCGUGCUGCGGCUCACCACACAGCGUGUCCGCCUGUGUGUCUUCAGACACCAGGAGGCGUACAGCGAGGAGGACCUGUGGGAUGUCUUCAGCCUGGAGCUGAGGACUCGUCCUGGAGAGGGGCUAGGGUUCACCACAGUGGGAAAGAGUAAUGACACGGGCAUCUUUGUGUCAGAUAUCAUCAGAGGAGGCAUAGCAGAUUCAGAUGGCAGGUUGUUGCUAGGGGACCAGAUUCUGUCAAUCAAUGGGGAGGAUGUCCGUGCAGCAUCGCAGGAACAUGCACACAAGCUUCUACAGAGUUGCAGUGAAGCGAUGCACCUGGAAGUGGCUCGUUUUAAAGCGGGGCUGCAGUACUCACAGCAGAGCCUGAGUGAAGACUCUGACUGUUCAACCCUGACCCCCCCAAGUGGAUGUGAUGCUUCCCUCGGCCACCAGAGGGAGACAGAUCAUAAGACAGGGAGCUAUUCCUUUCAAGACUUUCCUGAGAGAAGAACAAUAAUAAUACAAAAGGGUCCAU